CCCAAGUGCACCUCCAUCUGUCUGGCUUCACGAGGAGCUGGCCAGACCAGCGGGGACCGUGCAUCAGAAUGUGGAGAGCACUUGUCGCCAAAUUUGUAGUUUUACUUUUCUUUUGUACGCUUAAAACCCACGCACAAGGAUGUGGUUCAGAUCAGUUCCGCUGUGGGACGGGCCACUGUAUCCAGCUGGACUGGCGCUGCGAUGGCACGGCAGACUGCACAGACAACUCAGACGAGGCCGGCUGUCCUGAACCCACGUGUGACCAAGACCAGUUUAAGUGUCUGAGUGACGGAGAGUGUAUCCCCAACGCAUGGGUGUGUGACGACGAGGAGGAUUGCGAAGACGGCUCAGACGAGCGACAGAACUGCCCUGCGCGGACCUGCUCCAGUGAGCAGCUCAGGUGCUCCAGUGGAAUCUGCCUGCCGCCCGAAUACAGGUGUGACCACGUGCCCGACUGCAGCGACGGAUCUGAUGAAAGCAAUUGCCACUACCCUGAGUGCACGGAGCUGAGGUGUGCCAACGGUGCCUGCUACAACCGCAGCCAACACUGCGACCAGGUCCUGGACUGCCGAGACGGGUCAGAUGAGGACAACUGCACCCAGCGGUGUAGCAGCGGCUCCUUCGAGUGUGCCAACGGCGAGUGUAUCCCCCGGCGAUACGUCUGUGACCAUGACGAUGACUGUGGCGACAGGAGCGAUGAGCAGAAUUGCACUUACCCCACCUGUAGAGGUAACUACUUCACCUGCCCCAGCGGUCGCUGCAUCCACCAGGUGUGGCUGUGUGACGGGGAAGACGACUGUGAAGACAACGCAGAUGAAGUGGGCUGUGAUUCGCACCCUCAAGAGUGCUUCCCAGGGGAGUGGGCCUGUCCCUCCUCCACCGUCUGCAUCCCCCUUAACCAGCUGUGUGAUGGCACCCCACACUGCCCAGGCGGAGAAGAUGAGACCAACACCACUACCGGAAGAAACUGCAGUAUUUGGCGCUGCGCGUCCCUGAGCUGUCAGCACCGCUGCCACAAGUCCCCUGAUGGCGGCACCUGCACCUGUCCCACUGGCUACCUGCUCAGCAACAAUGACAGCCGCUCCUGCAUCGACUUUGACGACUGUAAGAUGUGGGGUGUGUGUGACCAGCUGUGUGAGGACAGGACGGGUGCCCACCAUUGCAGCUGUCGCCCGGGAUACGUACUGGAGCAGCACCGACACUGCAGAGCCAACACCUCCUCCGGUGCCCCUUCACUGGUCUUCUCUGAUGGCCGAGACCUGUUCAUUGGUGACCUCCAUGGACACUCCGUGAGGACGUUGGUCCAGUCCCAGAGAAGAGGAGUGGCAGUAGGGGUGGACUUCCACUACAAGAGCCAACGCGUCUUCUGGACUGACACCAGUCAGAACAAGGUGUUUUCGGUGAAAAUGGACGGUUCGGACGUACAGGUGGUCUUAAAUAUAUCAGUUGACUACCCCGAGAACCUGGCGGUGGACUGGGUGAACAAUAAACUGUAUGUGGUGGAGGCCAGCGUCAACAGGAUCGACAUGCUGGACUUUGACGGGAGCAACCGGGUCACGCUGAUCGCCGAGAACCUGGGAAACCCUAGAGGACUGGCCCUAGACCCCACUGUCGGGUACAUGUUCUUCUCGGACUGGAAUGCCAUGAACGGGGAGCCGGGUCUGGAGCGGGCCUACAUGGACGGCACCAACCGCUACGGCAUCAUCAGGACCAAGCUGGGCUGGCCGUCCGGUAUCUCGGUGGACGUCGAGGCCAAGAGGAUCUACUGGGUGGACAGCCGCUACGAUUACAUCGAAACCACCACCUACGAUGGCCUGUUCAGGAAAACAGUGGUGCACGGAGGCUCCAUCAUUCCUCAUCCGUUCGCCAUCAGCCUGUUUGAGAACUCCGUAUACUACACCGACUGGACCAAGAUGGCUGUCAUGAAGGCUAACAAGUUCACCGAUCACGACCCCCAAGUGGUGUACCCCACGUCCCAGACACCUCAUGGACUGGCCGUCAUCCACCAAUACAGGCAGCCAAAUGUGGACAACCCCUGCGCGGCCGAUAACGGUGGUUGUGAGCACAUCUGUGUGCUGAGCCACAGGUCGGAUAAUGACGGUCUCGGCUACCGCUGCAAGUGCCGAAUGGGCUACGACAUCCAUGCUGAUGGCAAAAAAUGUGUUGUUGUCAGGCAGUUCCUUCUGUUCUCCAGCCAGCUGGCGGUGAGAGGGAUUCCCUUCAACCUGUCUGCGCAGGAGGACGUCAUCCUGCCCAUCACUAGCACCCCCUCCUACUUCGUGGGCGUGGACUUCAGUGCCCAGGAUGACGCCAUCUUUUUCUCGGACACUGCCAAAGACAUGAUUUACAAGCAAAACGUGGACGGGACUGGGCGGGAGGUGCUGGCUGCCAACCGGGUGGACAGCGUCGAGGACCUGGCCUACGACUGGGUCUCCAGGAACCUGUACUGGACCGACCCACGCUACCGCAGCAUCUCCGUCAUGAAGCUGGCCGACAAGUCCCGACGGGCCAUCGUGCGCAACCUCAACAACCCCAGAGGCAUCGUGGUCCACCCCAUCAUAGGAUACAUUUUCUGGACAGACUGGUACCGUCCGGCGAAGAUCAUGCGCGCCUGGUGCGACGGGUCACACGCGGUGUCAAUUGUGAACACCACUCUUGGCUGGCCCAACGGCCUGGCCAUCGACUGGAGCGCUCAGCGUUUGUACUGGGUGGACGCCUUCUUCAACAAGAUUGAGCACAGCACCUUUAAUGGACGCGAGCGCCUAUCACUGGACCGCAUCACUCAGAUCUCUCAUCCCUUCGGACUCACCAUCUUUGCAGGUUAUGCAUACUUCACUGACUGGAGGCUGGGUGGGAUCGUGCGAGUGCGCAAGACGGACGGCGGCGAGAUGGUGGUUAUCAGAAGGGGCAUCAGCCGCAUCAUGCACGUCAAAGCUUUCGACUCCAACUCCCAGAUUGGUGGUAACUUCUGCAACAGGCCCACCAACCCUAACGGUGACUGCAGCCACUUCUGUUUCCCGGCGCCGGACGCCCAGCGCGUGUGUGGCUGCCCCUACGGCAUGAAGCUGUCCCCGGACCAGCGCACCUGCGUGGCCGACCCCGACAACGAGCCGCCCGUGCUGCAGUGUGGCUCCAACUCCUUCUCCUGCUCCAACGGCCGCUGCGUCCCCCAGAGCUACCGCUGCGACGGCAUGGACGAUUGCUAUGACAACAGCGACGAGGCUGGUUGCGGAGUGCACAACACCACCUGUUCCUCUGUGGCCUUCACCUGUGCCAGUCAGCGCUGCAUCCCCAGCAGUUGGCACUGCGACGGCCACAACGACUGUCUGGACGGCAGCGACGAGCGGGACUGCCCCACCCAGGUGCCCGGCACCUGCCCUGCGGACAAGUUCAGCUGCACCAACCACCGCUGCAUCCCGCACACCUGGCGCUGCGACACGGAUAACGACUGCGGCGACGGCUCUGAUGAGGCCAACUGCGACCACCAGGGAACAUGCCACCCGGGCCAGUUCCAGUGUCCAGACCACCGCUGCAUUGACCCUGGCUACGUGUGCGAUGGAGACAGGGACUGUGUGGACGGGGCUGAUGAGCAGGGUUGUGUGUACAACUGCACUGCCUAUGAGUUCAAGUGUGCGAAUGGACAUCAGUGUGUGAACUCCUACUACCGCUGUGAUGGUGUCAAUGACUGCAGUGACCGAUCCGACGAAGCUGGCUGUCCCACCAGACCGCCGGGCAUGUGCCACCACGAGACCGAGUUCCAGUGUCAGGCGGACGGCAACUGCAUCCCGUCGUGGUGGGAGUGCGACGGCCACGCCGACUGCGCCGACGGCUCCGACGAGCACCAGGCCUGCAUCCCGCGCACCUGCUCCUCCUCCCAGUUCCGCUGUGACAACGGCAACUGCGUCUUCCGCGGCUGGCUGUGCGACGGCGAUAACGACUGCAGGGACAUGAGCGACGAGCGCGAUUGCCCCACGCCACCGUUCCGCUGCCCCAGCUGGCAGUGGCAGUGCCCGGGCCACAGCGUCUGCGUUAACCUCAGCCGGGUGUGUGACAACGUGCCUGAUUGCCCCAACGGGGCCGACGAGUCUCCGCUCUGCAAUGAGCCUCUACCAGACCAGGAGAGCUGCUCGGACAACAACGCGGGCUGCACGGACGGCUGCCUCCAGGGCCCGUUUGGCGCCCAGUGCACGUGCCCCCUAGGCUUCCAGCUGACCAACGACUCCAAGACAUGCGAGGACAUUGACGAGUGCCAGCCACCGGGGCUGUGCAGCCAGCACUGCUUCAACGAGAGGGGCUCCUUCAGGUGCCACUGCCAGGACGGAUACUCGCUGGAGGCCGACCAGCGCACGUGCAAAGUCUCAGGCUCCAGAGAGGCUCUCCUGCUGGUGGCCAGCAGAAAUCAGAUCAUAGCCGAUGACAUCACGUCUCAGCCCAACGUGGUGCGAUCGCUGGUGCGCGACGGACGCAACAUUGUUGCCAUCGACUUUGACUCGGCCACCGACCGCAUCUACUGGUCAGACACCACCCAGGAUAAGAUAUGGAGCGCGCACAAGAAUGGCACCGACAGGACUGUGGUGUUUGACAGUGGUGUGACGGUGACGGAGAGUCUUGCAGUAGACUGGGUGGGCCGCAACCUGUACUGGACGGACUACAUCCUGGAGACGGUGGAGGUGGCCCGACUGGACGGCUCCCACAGGACCGUGCUGGUCAGCGAGAACAUCACCAACCCAAGAGCCCUCGUGGUGGACCCCAGAAACGGGUUUCGCCUGAUGUUCUGGACGGACUGGGGAAGGAACCCGCGUAUUGAGCGGGCCAGCAUGGAUGGCCAACUGAGAACCACCAUCAUCAGCGAAAAGCUGUACUGGCCCAACGGCCUCACCAUAGACUACCCCAACAACCUGCUCUACUUCGCAGACGCCUACCUGGACUUUAUCGACUUCUGCGAUUACGACGGCAACAACAGGAGACAAGUGCUAGCAAGUGACCUGGUCCUGCAACAUCCCCACGCGAUUACCAUUUUUGAGGAUUACAUGUACUGGACCGACAGACACGUCAACCGGGUGAUACGGGCCCAUAAGUGGCACGGCGGCAACCAGACGGUGAUGCUCUACAACCUCCCGCAGCCCAUGGGCCUGGUGGCGGUGCACCCAGCCCGGCAGCCCCCAAGUGAUAACCCGUGCCAGGCGAGCCCGUGUACACACAUCUGCCUCCUCUCGGCCGUGGGCCCCAGGUUCUACUCCUGCGCCUGCCCCUCGGGCUGGACCUUGGCAGCCGACCAGCUCACCUGUGCCAGAGUGGAUGAGCCCUUCCUGGUAGUGGUGCGUACCAGCAUCAUCUAUGGCAUCUCCCUCAACCCCGCUGACAAGACCAACGCUGCCAUGGUGCCCGUGGCCGGCCUCUCGAACGGCUACGACGUGGAGUUUGACGACGCAGAGCAGAUGAUCUACUGGGUAGAGCACCCGGGGGAGAUUCACCGCGUGAAGUCAGACGGUACCAACCGGACUGAAUUCGCCCCUGCCGCCAUUCUGGGCUCGCCAGUGGGCCUGGCGCUGGACUGGAUGAGUCAGAACCUCUACUAUACCAACCCGUCAUCACAGUCCAUAGAGGUGCUGAAGCUGAGAGGAGAGGUGCAGUAUAGGAGGACCCUGAUCACCAACAACGGCUCCCCUACAGGCGCCGGGACACCCACCGGCAUCGUGGUGGACCCAGCACGCGGGAGGAUGUACUGGACGGACCAGGGAACUGAGAGCGGUAUCCCUGCUAAGGUUGCAGCGGCCAACAUGGACGGUUCCGACCCGGUCAACCUCUUCACCGGCAACCUGGACCACGUGGAGUUCAUCACCCUCGACAUCAAGGAGAACCGGCUGUACUGGGCCGUCACCUCCUCUGGAGUGAUUGAGCGCGGAGACGUAGACGGUACGAACCGGCUGGUGAUAGUGUCGGGCCUGUCGCACCCCUGGGGCGUGGCGGUGUACGAGUCCUUCCUCUACUUCUCCGACCGCAACUACGAGGUCAUCGAGCGCGCUGACAAGGCCACGGGCGGCAACCGGGUCGUCAUGAGGGACAACCUGGCCGGACUCAGGGUCCUCAAGGUGCACCACCGAGACACCUCUGCGGGCACGAAUAACGGCUGCAGCAACAACCAGGCGGCGUGUGAGCAGCUGUGCCUGCCCCGCCCUGGCGGCCUCUUCACCUGCGCCUGUGCCACCGGUUUCCAGCUCAAGGCCGACAACCGCACCUGCGCGCCCUACCAGUCCUACGUGGUCAUCUCCAUGCUCACCGCCAUCAAGGGCUUCAGCCUGGGGGGGGCCGACCACUCGGAGGCCAUGGUCCCCGUGGCGGGCAGAGGUCGUAACGCGCUGCAUGUGGACGUGCACAUGCCCUCGGGCUUCCUCUACUGGUGUGACUUCAGCAGCACGGUGUCGUCCCAGAACGGCAUCCGCCGCAUCAAACCUGACGGCUCCGGCUUCCGCAGUGUCAUCACCUCCGGCAUCGGCCGUAACGGCAUCAGGGGCAUCGCUGUGGACUGGGCUGCAGGAAACCUGUACUUCACCAAUGCCUUCCUGACGGAGACCUACAUCGAGGUGGUGCGCCUCAACUUCACCUUCCGGCGCGUGCUCCUGAAGACCCAGGUGGACAUGCCGCGCCACAUCGUGGUGGACCCCCGGAACCGCUACCUCUUCUGGGCCGACUACGGCCAGAGCCCCAAGAUCGAGCGGUCCCUGCUGGACGGCACCAACCGCACGGUGCUGGUCUCCUCGGGCAUCAUCACGCCGCGCGGCCUGGCGCUGGACCGCCAGACGGGCCACGUCUACUGGGUUGACGACUCCCUGGACAUGAUCGCCCGCGUGCGGCCCGAGGGCGGCGAGACGGAGGUCAUCCGCUACGGCAGCCGCUACCCCACCCCUUACGGAAUCACCGUUUUUCAGGACAGCGUCAUCUGGGUGGACCGCAACCUGAAGAAGGUCCUUCGAGCCAGCAAGCAGCCCGGCAGCUCCGACCAGCCCGAGACGGUGCGGGACAACCUGGGCAUGCUGCGGGACGUGACCGUGUUCGACCCCCGCGUGCAGCCCACCUCGGCCCAGGAGCUGAACCACAACCCCUGCCUGGAGGACAACGGCGGCUGCGCCCACUUCUGCUUCGCCCUGCCCGGCUCCUCCCAGAGCGCCGCCAGAUGCGGUUGCGCCUUCGGGAGUCUCGGGUCGGAUGGCAAGACGUGCGUGGUGUCGCGGGAGGACUACCUCAUCUACACCACGGAGAGCACGGUGCGGAGUCUGCGGCUGGACCCAGACGACCACUCGCCGCCCUUCCCCGUGGUCAACGUGCCGCGCACCUCCGUGGCGCUGGAUUUCGACCGGCAGGACGGCAGGAUCUACUUCACCCAGAGCGCCGGCGCCGGACACAGCAAGAUCAGCUACAUCAGCCUCUUCACGCCCUCGUCGCCGGCCACUGUGGUGGCUUCGGAUCUGGGAGCCCCUGACGGCAUUGCCUAUGACUGGGUCAACAAGAGGAUCUACUACAGUGACUACAUCAACCAGAGCAUCAACUCCAUGGCGGUCGAUGGCUCCCAGAACACCGUCGUCGCCCACGUGCCUCGUCCCCGGGCCAUCAUCGUUGAUCCCUGCAGAGGGUACAUGUACUGGACGGACUGGGGCACUAAUGCCAAGAUCGAGCGUGCCACGCUGGGGGGAAACUUCCGGACAGAGAUAGUGAACAGCAGCCUGGUGUGGCCCAACGGACUCACGCUGGACUACGAUGAGCAGAGACUCUACUGGGCUGAUGCUAGCCUUCAGAAGAUAGAGCGUUGCUCGCUCACGGGCGCUAACCGAGAGGUGAUCGUCAGCACAGCCGUCUACCCCUUUGCCCUGACGCUUUACGACCAGCACAUCUUCUGGACCGACUGGAACACGCGCAGCAUCUACCGGGCCAGCAAGCACGACGGCUCGGACCAGCGGGUCAUGAUCCAGAACCUUCCGUCGCGGCCCAUGGACAUCCACGUGCUGUCCGACAGCAGGCAGCAGCAGUGCAGCAGCCCCUGCCAACAGUUCAACGGAGGCUGUAGCCAUAUCUGUUCACCAGGGCCACAGGGUGCGGAGUGUCAGUGCCCUUCGGAGGGCCGUUGGUAUCUGGCCGAAAACAAAUACUGUAUCCAGGACAACGGGACCCGCUGCCAGGCAGACCAGUUCACUUGCAUGAAUGGCCGCUGCAUCAGAGCCCAGUGGAAGUGUGACAACGACAAUGAUUGCGGCGACGGGAGCGACGAGCUGGAGAGAGUUUGUGCCUUCCACACCUGUGACCCCACGGUGUUCACCUGUGGCAAUGGCCGCUGCGUGCCCUACCACUACCGCUGUGACCACUACAACGACUGCGGGGACAACAGUGACGAGGACGGCUGCCUGUUCCGGCCCUGCGACGCCAGCACGGAGUUCCCCUGCAACAACGGCCGCUGCAUCUCCAAGGAGUACGUCUGCAACGGCAUCAACAACUGCUUCGACAACGGCACCUCGGACGAGAAAGACUGCCCUGAGCGCACCUGUCAGCCUGGCCAGACCAAGUGCCAAAGCACCAACAUCUGCAUCCCGCGCUCCUACCUGUGUGACGGUGACAAUGACUGCGGUGACAUGAGUGACGAGAGCCCCACUCACUGUGCCACAGCCACCUGUGGCCAGAAUGAGUUCCGCUGCACGAGCGGCCGCUGCAUCCCGGGUCACUGGUACUGUGACGGCGGCACCGACUGCACUGACGGAUCAGAUGAGCCCUCAUCCUGCACCACUACGGUGCGGACGUGUAACUCGGACCAGUUCCGCUGUGACGACGGGCGCUGCAUCGCUUCCUCCUGGAUCUGUGACGGGGACAACGACUGUGGGGACAUGAGUGACGAGGACCAGAGGCACAACUGCGCCAAUCGUACGUGCUCCUCAUCGGAGUUCACCUGUGCCAACAACCAGCCUCCUCAGAGGAAGUGUAUCCCGCGUGACUGGGUGUGUGACGGCGACGCUGACUGUGCCGAUGCGCUGGACGAGCACCAGAACUGCACACGCAGGUCCUGCGGAGCCAACGAGUUCACCUGCGCCAAUGGCCUCUGCAUACGUGGCGCCUACAGGUGUGACCGGCGUAAUGACUGUGGCGAUGGCAGUGACGAGCAGGGCUGCACCUACCAGGCCUGCCAGCAGCACCAGUUCACCUGCCAGAACGGCCGCUGCGUGGCGCAGGACUUUGUCUGCGAUGGGGACAACGACUGCGGCGACGAGUCGGACGAACUGGAGGAAAGGUGCCACACCCCCGCGCCCACCUGCCCGCCCGGACAGUACCGCUGCGAGAACGGACACUGCAUCGCCAUGGCGAAGGUGUGCGACCGCAGUGACGACUGUUCGGACAACAGCGACGAGAAGGGCUGCGGCGUCAACGAGUGUCUGGACACCAGCGUCCAUGGCUGCGACCACAACUGCACCGACACGCCCACCGGCUUCCUGUGCGCGUGCCGCCCCGGCUACCGCCUCAUGUCCGACGGCCGCACCUGCGACGACGUGAACGAGUGCGGCGAGACCCCGGGCGUCUGCAGCCAGAUCUGCGAGAACACCAUGGGCUCGUACGUCUGCAAGUGCGCCCCGGGCUUCCUCCGUGAACCGGACGGUCGCAGCUGUCGCCAGAACAGCGGCAUUGCACCCUACCUGCUCUUCAGUAACCGCUACUACCUGCGGAACCUCUCCACGGAUGGCCUGGCCUACUCUCUGGUGCUGCAGGGGCUCACUAGCGCCGUGGCUCUGGACUACGACCGCGUCGACAAACGCAUCUACUGGGUGGAUGUGAGCCGGCGUGUGGUGGAGCGCAUGUUCUACAACGGCAGCAACAGGGAGACGGUGCUGAACGGGCAGCCGCACGCGGAGGGCCUGGCGGUGGACUGGGUGGGCAGGAAGCUCUACUGGGUGGACAGCUUCCUGGACUGCCUCAAGGUGUCCGAGCUGGACGGACGCUACGCUAGGAAGCUCGCCGACCACUGCGUGGACACCAACAACACGUACUGCUUCGACAACCCCCGCGCUAUUGUGGUGCACCCCAAAUACGGGUACGUGUACUGGACAGACUGGGGAGAGAGAGCCUUCAUCGGCCGAGUGGGAAUGGACGGCAACAACAAGUCGGCCAUCAUCACCACCAAGCUGGAGUGGCCCAACGGCAUCACCAUCGACUACACCAACGACCAUCUGUACUGGUCUGACGCUCACCUCAACUACAUCGAGUACUCAGACCUGGACGGCCGCCACCGCCACGCAGUUUACGAUGGCACGCUGUCCCACCCGUUUGCCCUGAGCGUGUUCGAGGACAAUGUCUACUGGACCGACUGGAACACGCGCACCGUGGAGAAGGGCAACAAGUACGACGGCAGCGACCGGGUGAUGCUGGUCAACACCACGCACAGGCCCUUCGACAUCCACGUCUGCCACCCCUACAGGCAACCCAUUGUGACCAACACGUGUGGUGCCAACAAUGGCGGCUGCUCUCACCUGUGCCUGCUGCGGGCGGGGGGCAGCGGCCACACCUGCGAGUGUCCCGACCACUUCCUCACCGUCAACCAGGGGGGCACCUCCAGAUGCCUCCCCAUGUGCAGCAGCACACAGUACCGCUGUGCCGACAACGAACGCUGCAUCCCCAUCUGGUGGAAGUGUGACGGGCAGGCGGACUGCCGUGACGGGUCAGAUGAGCCCUCCACGUGCCCACUCCGCCACUGCCGCCUGGGCCAGUUCCAGUGCAGCGACGGCAACUGCACCAGCCCACACUUCCUCUGCAACGCACACCCGGACUGCCCCGACGGCUCCGACGAAGACCCCGUGCUGUGUGCCACUCAUGAGUGCGAGGCCCAUCAGUGGCAGUGCCUGAACAAGCGCUGCAUCCCUGAGUCGUGGCAGUGUGACGGCGAGAACGACUGCGGUGACGGCUCUGACGAGUCCCCGGCCCACUGCGCCAGCCGCACUUGCCGCCCCGGCCAGUUCAAGUGCCGCAACGGCCGCUGCAUCCCGCAAACAUGGAAGUGUGACGUGGAAGACGACUGUGGAGACAACUCAGACGAACCACUGGAGGAGUGCAUGGGACCUGCCUACCGCUGUGACAACCAUACGGAGUUCAGCUGCAGGACCAACUACCGGUGCGUCCCUCUCUGGUCCCUCUGCAACGGACACAACGACUGCAGGGACAACAGUGAUGAGCAGAACUGCGAUGUGAUGACCUGCAGUGCCGGGGAUUUCCGCUGUGACAACCACCAGUGCAUCCCUCUGCGCUGGAAAUGUGACGGGGACAACGACUGUGGCGAUGGAUCUGAUGAGCGCAACUGCAGCCCGCGAGAGUGCACGGAGAGCGAGCAUCGCUGCGACAAUCUGAACUGCAUUCCGGCGCGCUGGGUUUGCGACCAUGACAACGACUGUGAGGAUAACUCUGAUGAAAGGGACUGUGAGCUGAGGACGUGCCACCCGGGCUUCUUCCAGUGCAGCAGCGGCCACUGCAUCGCCGAGCGCUUCAAGUGCGACGGCAACGCAGACUGCCUGGAUCACACCGACGAAUCCUCCUGCCCCACUCGGUAUCCCAAUGGCACCUACUGCCCCCCCUUCCUGUUCGAGUGUAAGAACCACGUGUGUAUCCAGCCCCAGUGGAAGUGUGACGGGGACAAUGACUGUGGAGACGAAUCGGAUGAGGAGCUACACCUCUGCUUGGACGUGGAGUGCGAGGCGCCGUUCCGUUUCCGCUGUGACAACAACCGCUGCAUCUACGGCCACGAGGUGUGCAACGGGCUGGAUGACUGUGGAGACAACAGCGAUGAGAGACAUGACAACUGUGUAACCCCGACCCACGGGCCCUGCUCUCCAGAUGAGCUGAAGUGUGGCAAUGGCCAGUGUGUCCCCCUGCAGAUGGCCUGCGAUGACUAUGACGACUGUGGGGACCGCACGGACGAGCUGGGCUGCCAUGUAGGCACUGGGCGCUCCUGCAGUGAGAAUCUGUGUGAGCACAACUGCACCGACCUGACUUCCGGAGGCUUCCUGUGCUCAUGUCGACCCGGAUACAAGCCUGACGCCACGGACAAAAACACCUGUCAAGACAUUAAUGAGUGUGAGGAGUAUGGGACGUGUCCUCAGGAGUGUAAGAACUCGAAGGGCAGCUACGAGUGCUUCUGUGCCCAGGGCUUCCGCUCCGUAGGGCCCCAGCACGGACAGGAGUGUGCAGCAGAAGGGAACCCUCCGGUGCUGCUGCUGCCUGACAACGUGCGCAUCCGCCGCUUCAACCUGUCCACCGAGCAGUACUCCGAUUACGUGGACAACGCUGAGCACAUCCAGGCAGUGGACUACCUGUGGGACCCAGAGGGCCUCGGACUCAGUAUCGUGUACUGGACUGUGCUGGGCCGCAACGGACAGUUUGGGGCCAUCAAGCGUGCGUACAUGACCACGUUUGACGACCAAGGCAACAACCCGGUGAAGGAGGUGAACCUGAACCUGCGGUACAUCACCAAGCCCGAUGGCAUCGCCGUGGACUGGAUCGGGGGUCAUAUCUAUUGGACGGAUGCUGCAGCCAAUCGGAUUGAGGUGUCCAAGCUGGACGGGCGGUACAGGAAGCAGCUGAUCGGCACUGAUUUGGACCAGCCGGCUGCCAUCGUGGUCAACCCAUCUACCGGCAUGAUGUACUGGUCGGACUGGGGUAGGCGGCCACGUAUCGAGGCUGCGUGGAUGGAUGGGCAGCAGCGGCGGGAGCUGCUGAACCAGGACCUGGGCUGGCCCACCGGGCUGGCUCUGGACUAUGUCAAUGGCGGACGCCUCUACUGGUGCGACUCCAAGGAGAACACCAUCGAGUCCAUGACACCCGAGGGCACCGACCGCAAGAUCAUCAUCGCCGGAGACAUAGGCAACCCCUACAGCAUCGAUGUGUUUGAGGGUCACGUCUACUGGACCACCAAGGACCGUGGGGAGGUGUGGAAGAUGGACAAGUUUGGGAAGGGCGAGAAGCGCAAGGUGCUGACAGUGAACCCAUGGCUGACACAAGUGCGCAUCUACCAGGAGCACAGGCACAACCACUCCGUGCCCAACCCCUGCAAGGACGUAUGCAGCCACCUGUGUCUGCUGCGUCCGUCGGGCUACACCUGCGCCUGUCCCCAGGGCUCCAGUCUCAUGGGCUUCCAGUCCAACGAGUGUGACGCAGCUAUCGAAGAGGCUGUAGAAAUGCCCCCUGCAUGCAGAUGCAUGAACGGAGGGACCUGCUACACUGAGGUGGACCAGCCUAAGUGCAAGUGUCCAUAUGGAUAUCGGGGCAGCUACUGCGAACUAGGCAUGGCCAGAGGAGCUCCUGGGGGAACAGCGGUGACGGUGCUGCUGGCGGUGAUCAUCAUCCUGGUCUCGGGGGCAUUGGCAGUGGGACUCUUCCUCAACUACAAGCGCACUGGCACCAUCCUCCCACCCAUGCCCACAAUGCCCAGCCUGAGUAGUCUGAGCAGCCUGGUCAAGUCCAAUGAUGCGGGUAACGGGGUGUCGUUCCGCUCUGGAGACAACGUCACCAUGGACAUGCAGACCCCUCAGCUUGGGGUGUCCUACAUCGACCGAGCCAUGCAGCUGGAUGAGAGCUUCGCCAACGCCGGGCAACAGCCAAUCACGUUUGAGAAUCCGCUGUACUCCACGUCGGUCGGUGACCCUGCUGUCAUCCAUGCCACACAGGUGACUGUGAAUGUGAGUGGUGAGCAGAUGGAGAAUAACUUUGAGAACCCGCUGUACCAGAGUAAACCACCCACCACCGAGGCCAAGAGCACACAAGUCAGUGCCACAGUCGCACAGGCACUUACAAACUUGCAGACGUCCAAAUUUAACAUCUUCAAAAGGAAGCUGACGCCAGCCACAACAUUUGAAAACCCAACCUACUCAGAGAUGCAGGAUGACCAAGCCCCAGUGAGUCGAGGGGAGCCGUCCUCCUCCUCUGCCCCCGUGGAGCCUCCUCCCCCGCCCCCCGUCCCCGCCCCCGCCCCACCCAGCAAGCCCAAGAAGCAGAGCGCCUUCUCUCCCACAGAGGACACGUAUCAAGACACCGCCAACCUCGUCAGACAAGACAGCGAUGUAUAACCACAGCUCCCCGCCCCUCACCUCACCUUACCUCCCCAUGCCCAUGCCCCCACCCCCCACACACACACCCUCACUCCCACCCCUCCCUCUCACACACAUGGGAAUCAAAGACACACACUGCUUUGCACAGAAUCUAUUUUUAUACACAGUCUGAGUAAAAAAAAGAAAGACAAAUUUAAGAUUAUUUUAAGAAAAGACAAUUGCAGAGAAGAAGAAAACCACUGCUGUAGAAAUGAAGAGAAACGAGAGGUCUUUCAUGACGAUGCCUUCUGAUAUUUCUUAUGCCAAUUCUUGUUUUAUUGAUUUUUUUAUUAUUAUUAUUAUUGUGAUGUACUAUAUGUAUAUCUUUGCACUGAUGCUGCUGAUAGUGAUGUUAUAAAUAUGAUGUAUAUUUGUAAAUUUGAAAAGAAGAUUUUUGUUAAUAUCUGAAAAUAGGUUGAUUCAUAUUCCUAGCAUUUCAAGAAGAUGCAUAUCUUUUGAAUGAGUGAAGUGCAUUGAGAACAAAUGUAUAUCAUGCAUAACAAUUCCUUUAAAAAAAAACCUUCAGUCUUAUACUUUACCAUUUAACUGGAAACUGAAGUCAAAUGCAGUUGGUUUAUGCGUAUUUAUAUACCUCAUUUACUGUUAUAACUGGAAAACAACACACUGGAAAGGUGACUUGAAUCUCUUAAUGAGGUGAUGUCCUUGUACACUGGAAUUGUAGCAAUACAUGAAGACUACUGAGUAACUCUGUUCCCAAGCUAAGGUUUGCACACUGCAUUGAUAUUUGUAUAUCAACGCCUAGUGGUGUGUAUUUGCCCUUACUAUUCGAUUCGAUUAUGAUUCGGGAGGUAUCGAUACAAUUUGAUGCGAAUCGAUUCAGUUCGAUUCUACGAUGCAUUGCAAUGCAUUUAAUUUCUACUGAAAGCAAGGCCAUUUUGUCAUUAUUCAUGUGGCAAUACAAGCAGUCAGAUACUGAACAACAUUUUAAUGGCUGUUCUGUGUAUCAGUCCUGCAGUUUUCAUUGCUUUGAUGUGCUUUCAUUUAAAUGAAAGUUAAUUUGCUUAAGAAAUGCCCACGGAAGUAUGAAAAUAGGUGGCAUCGAUUAUGGUAUUUUCCAAAUCGAUUAUUGAAUUGUGCUGCCCCGCAUUGCGAUAUAUUGCCGAAUCGAUUAUUGUUGACACCACUAUGAACACCCCUUUCCAGCAUCCAAGCACAGAAGGCCUUCACUGGGUUCCAAUGACCAGGUCAUCGAGGACAUUCAUUAUUAUUUUUUACUUCCUGCCUGGACACUGGUCACGUGUCAGGCAGUGUUGUGCCCAGUCUCGCUCAACAACACUCUUCUCUCAGGUUUGAAAUCCCAUUCGCUGAAUGUAGAGCGAACGAAUGGCAUGAAAGACAAGUGUGCUCGUUUACCUGUAGUGGGCAAAAAAAAAAUGCCAGCCUAUGUCCUUUUGCCUAACCUGAGACUGAAGGUUUUUCAGACGGGGUUGAUGUGUUUUGACUCAGAGCCUGUUUAUACGUAGAUGGAUCUUUUUGUAAACGCGUCAGUUUGAGUUUUAAGAAAUCUCUUAAAACUCUGGUUUUAAAAAUAUCAAUUUUAGGAAGCUAAAAUGCACCUGUCACAAUGGUGUUGUUUGCAUACAAAAAAAAUUGUGUGAGAAAAUAUCCACGUAUGUGUAAUCAAGGCCUCAGUGGCCUCUUACUAGUAUCCAUGCAGUACAUGGCCUGCUUGAAAACACAUCAUGGGCAACGUGUGUAAUACUGCCCCCUGUUGCUGUGAAUGUGGAAGUGUACGACUUGGUUUGGAUGUUGGAAGUAUCCUACUGUGACUGAAGACUCUUAUCUAUUAUGAAUACGGAUUGCAUCUGUUUUAAGUGUGGCCUGUGAAUUCUUCUUCUGUGAUUGUUUUUUUUUUUUGUAUAUUAAUAAUGAAAAAAAGCAAUUUAUAGUUAUUGUUCUUGAUGCACCUAAACAUUUUUUGUUGGUAAAACUGGAAGUGGAAAACAAAUUGAUGCUGCUGAGAAAUAAUCAAAUAAAUGUUUUUGUUUUUUAAAA